AUUCUCGACACACACGUAUAAACGCAUAAACUCGAUAAAUUUGUACGAAAUUAAUAUUAAAACCACUCGUUAUAUAUUUUUAAUAAGAUUAAAGUUUCACCCAAACCGAAAAAAAGAGGAGAAUCUGUGCAUGUUGCUCAGAAAAUCUUCAAAGCGUAAUCUGGGCUUACGUUAGCUCUCACGAACCCCCAAGGAUAUCCUAUAUAUAUAUGUUUUUUCAUUUCCCCAUAAAAUCUUUCAUUAUCUAAAAAAACAUUAUUAUCGUAUCUUUUUUUCUUCUAUAUAUUCUUUCUCCUCGAUCUUGAUUCUUGUUUCUCGACUAUUUAUUUGAUGAAUCGUGAAAUGACGUCAAGCUUUCUUCUCAUGACGUUCGCCAUAUGUAAACUGAUCAUAGCCGUUGGUCUAAACGUGGGCCCCAGUGAGCUCCUCCACAUCGGAGCCAUAGAUGUCGAUGGCCACUUCACCGUCCACCCUUCCGCCUUAGCCUCCGUAUCGUCUGACUUCGGUAUGCUGAGGUCGCCGGAAGAGCCACUAGCCGUGCUACAUCCAUCCUCGGCCGAAGACGUGGCACGACUCGUCAGAACAGCAUAUGGUUCGGCCACGGCGUUUCCGGUCUCAGCCCGAGGCCACGGCCAUUCCAUAAACGGACAAGCCGCGGCGGGGAGGAACGGUGUUGUGGUUGAAAUGAACCACGGCGUAACCGGGACGCCGGAGUCACUCGUCCGACCGGAUGAAAUGUAUGUGGACGUUUGGGGUGGAGAGUUAUGGGUCGAUGUGUUGAAGAAAACGUUGGAGUAUGGCUUAGCACCAAAAUCAUGGACUGAUUACUUGUACCUAACCGUUGGAGGUACACUCUCCAAUGCAGGAAUUAGCGGUCAAGCUUUUCACCAUGGUCCUCAGAUUUCUAACGUCCUUGAGCUCGACGUUGUAACUGGGAAAGGAGAGGUGAUGAGAUGCUCAGAAGAAGAGAACACAAGGCUAUUCCAUGGAGUUCUUGGUGGGUUAGGUCAAUUUGGGAUCAUUACUCGAGCAAGAAUCUCUCUCGAACCUGCUCCGCAAAGGGUAAGAUGGAUACGGGUAUUGUAUUCGAGCUUCAAAGUGUUUACUGAGGACCAAGAGUACUUAAUCUCGAUGCAUGGUCAAUUAAAGUUUGAUUACGUGGAAGGUUUUGUGAUUGUGGACGAAGGUCUCGUCAACAAUUGGAGAUCUUCUUUCUUCUCUCCACGCAACCCCGUCAAAAUCUCCUCUGUUAGUUCUAACGGCUCUGUUUUGUAUUGCCUGGAGAUCACCAAGAACUACCAUGAUUCCGACUCCGAAACCGUUGAUCAGGAAGUAGAGAUUCUGAUGAAGAAAUUGAAUUUCAUACCGACAUCGGUCUUUACAACGGAUUUACAGUAUGUGGACUUUCUCGACCGGGUACACAAGGCGGAAUUGAAGCUCCGGUCCAAGAAUUUAUGGGAGGUUCCACAUCCAUGGCUCAACCUCUUCGUGCCAAAAUCAAGAAUCUCAGAUUUUGACAAAGGCGUUUUCAAGGGCAUUUUGGGAAAUAAAACAAGUGGCCCUAUCCUUAUCUACCCCAUGAACAAAGACAAAUGGGACGAGAGGAGCUCAGCGGUGACGCCGGAUGAGGAAGUUUUCUACCUGGUGGCUCUAUUGAGAUCAGCUUUAACGGACGGUGAGGAAACGCAGAAGCUAGAGUAUCUGAAAGAUCAGAACCGUCGGAUCUUGGAGUUCUGUGAACAAGCCAAGAUCAAUGUGAAGCAGUACCUUCCUCACCACGCAACACAGGAAGAGUGGGAGGCUCAUUUUGGGGACAAGUGGGAUCGGUUCAGAAGAUUGAAGGCUGAGUUCGAUCCGCGACAUAUACUCGCGACUGGUCAGAGAAUCUUUCAGAACCCAUCUCUGUCUUUGUUUCCUCCGUUGUCUUCUUCGGCUUCAUGGUGACAAGACAAAACCAAAGGAAAGUAGUAGUUGAGAAAUAUUCUUCCUGAUGUAUAUAUAUGACCUAAUAGAGAAGCAUCAGAGAGAUUAGGUUGGGUCUUUUGUUAGUAGGGGUUUAAAACUUAGAGUAGAAGAUUCAAAUUAGUAAUUUAUUGUGUUGUUUUUAUA